AUGGAUCACUCCUCUAUCUUUUUAUUGUCUCACCUUCAUCUUCAAACCUUGUUGUCAUCUUUGAUCAUUCUUGUAAUAAUUUUCUGCAUAACCUUUCUCAAAGGCCUUGAAUCUCACUUGUUGAAGAAACCCAAGAACCAAGAAGUACCCUUACCACCUGGUCCUAAACCAUGGCCUAUCAUCGGUAACCUUCCUGAAAUGCUUGCAAAUAGGCCUACAUUCAGGUGGAUAAACAACCUAAUGAAGGAAAUGAAAACUGAGAUUGCUUGCAUUCGCCUGGGCAAUGUUCAUGUUAUACUCGUAACUUGUCCGAUCAUUGCUCGUGAAUUCUUGAGGAAACAAGAUGCUACUUUUGCUUCUAGACCCACAAGCAUCACCACUUCUCUUAUAAGUCGUGGAUAUCUCACCACAACCCUUGUGCCCCUAGGGGAACAAUGGAAGAAAAUGAGAAGAAUUGUUGGCAAUGAGCUGUUGUCCACAACCAUUCACCACCAACUUCAACACAAGAGGCUUGAAGAAGCCAACAACCUCGUGUUUUACAUCUACAGUAUGUGCAAAAACAAUGUCAACGCUGAUGUUGGUCUUGUGAAUGUGAGGGAUGUCACGCAACACUAUUGCUGCAACGUGAUCAAGAAUUUGAGCUUUGGUAUGAGGUAUUUUGGGGAGGGUAAGAAUGAUGGAGGACCUGGUUGUGAGGAAGUGGAACACCUUGAAGCCAUUUUUGUAUUGCUAAAGUACAUUUAUGACUUUAGUGUUUCUGAUUAUGUUCCUUGCCUGAGAGGACUUGACUUGGACGGCCAUGACAACAAGGUGAAGAAGGCAAUACAAAUUGUGAACAAGUAUCACGAUCCCAUCAUUGACCAACGUAUCAAAGAAUGGAAUGAUGGGUCCAAGAUUCAUACAGAAGAUUUUCUUGAUAUUCUCAUCUCACUCAGAGAUGCCAACAAUAACCCAGUAUUGACUACGCAAGAAAUCAAGGCACAAAUCAACGAAUUGAUGAUGGCUGCGGUGGAUAACCCAUCAAAUGCAGUGGAGUGGGGUUUGGCAGAGAUGAUAAACCAGCCUGAGUUGCUUCAACAUGCCACAGAUGAAUUGGACAGGGUAGUUGGAAAGGAGAGAUUGGUCCAAGAAUCAGACAUUCCAAAACUAAACUACAUUAAAGCAUGUGCAAGAGAAGCUUUUCGCCUUCAUCCCGUUGCACCUUUCAAUGUUCCUCAUGUUUCCGUGAAAGACACCGUAGUGGGAAAGUACGUAAUUCCGAAUGGGAGCCAUGUGCUGUUAAGUAGACAGGAACUUGGACGAAACUCAAAAGUUUGGGGUGACGAAGCUCUCAAGUUUAAGCCAGAACGUCAUCUUAAGGGCAAUGUGGUCUUGACAGAGUCAGAUUUGAAUUUCGUAUCUUUCAGCACAGGAAGACGUGGUUGUCCAGGAAUCGUGCUCGGAACAACAAUGACAGUGAUGCUGUUUGCUAGGUUGCUUCAUUCCUUCACUUGGACUGCACCGCCCAAUGCCUCACCCAUCAACCUUGCAGAGAGCCACCAUGAUUUACUCCUGGCUAACCCACUUCUGGCAGUGGCAAAGCCAAGAUUAACACCACAACUUUAUACUGUGUGA